AUGAACCAAGGUGAGAGCUCAACCGGACUAUUCUCCCCACCGCUAAAGCGUAGACGCGGGCGCCCACCCAAGGACCCGAGCCUCAAACGCCCCUCCCUUGGACAUGUGCAUUCUGACUCGGACCGGGCCAUCCAGAACCUACCCCCGAGGCCUGGUCCAGCCGAUAAUCCGGAUCCUGCGGUGGGCCAAGCUGUGACAGGCGUUGUUGAGGCUGCUCUCGAUGCAGGUUACCUCCUCAACGUCCGGAUCGGCAAUUCCCCUGCCACUUUCCGGGGCAUAGUCUUCAAGCCGGGCCACUAUGUGCCCGUCACCAAAGAAAAUGACGUCGCUCCACAUCUCCAGAUGAUAAAAAGAAAUGAUGUCCGUGUCCCUGCCUCGACCGAUGGGCCCGCGCCCCUCCAGAAGCGGAAGUAUACAUCCCGCCGGGCCACGGGCCCACCCCCUCCCUUGCCCACCAUCCACCCCGUGGGCGAGAGGGGCCACGUGGUGCCUGUCGUGCUCAAGCAGCCCAUGGACCACAACUAUCCUAAUGGGCUUCCGGGCCAGGUGCUGGACUUCGGCGGGGACAAGGACGUGCACAUGGUGGAGCCGCUGUCAAUGCUGCCUCCUGACCGGAGGCAGAUAUUCGUUGGCGGGCAGCCACAAGGUAGCCAUCCUGUUCCUCCUGCACAAGUUGGUAGCAAGGAGGAUGAGAAGGGACUGUUUGGUGAGGGGGAAAAUGCAAGGUCUGAGGGGCUGGAGUCUAGCGAUGCCGAAAUUGGGGGAUCCUCGGAUACCUCAGAUUCACAGUACGAGAACGGGAAGGAGUUUAUGAAGUCUCCUUUGGAAGAAGGUGAUUCAGGUGCUGUCACAACUCAUGAAACUGGAAAUUGCGAUGAGCGCUUUCCAAAUGAGACCUUGCAGAAUGUAUCUGCCUUCAGUUAUGCACCUGGGAGGAUGACUGAGCUUUUGCAGGCUGUGCACAUGAAAGAGAACCAGGUGCAAUUUGCUGAGCAACCGAUUCCUGGAGCGAAAAUCGAUCUUCGUGAGACGAUGAACACAGAAGUUGACCCCAAAAGUGGAUCAAGUGGUCCUUGA